UGGGGAGCCCUGAUCUUCACGCUGCACGUGGCGCUGAGGCUGCUUCUGUCCUACCACGGCUGGCUUCUUGAGCCCCACGGAGCCAUGUCCUCUCCCACCAAGACCUGGCUGGCCUUGGUCCGCAUCUUCUCCGGCCGCCACCCGAUGCUCUUCAGUUACCAGCGCUCCCUGCCGCGCCAGCCCGUGCCCUCUGUGCAGGACACUGUGCGCAAGUACCUGGAGUCGGUCCGGCCCGUCCUGUCUGACGAGGACUUCGACUGGACCGCGGUCCUGGCGCAGGAAUUCCUGAGGCUGCAGGCGUCGUUGCUGCAGUGGUACCUGCGGCUCAAGUCCUGGUGGGCGUCCAACUAUGUCAGUGACUGGUGGGAGGAAUUUGUGUACCUGCGCUCCCGAAAUCCACUGAUGGUGAACAGCAACUAUUACAUGAUGGACUUCCUGUAUGUCACGCCCACACCUCUGCAGGCAGCUCGCGCUGGAAACGCCAUCCAUGCUCUCCUCCUGUACCGUCACCGCCUGAACCGCCAGGAGAUCCCCCCGACUUUGCUGAUGGGAAUGCGUCCCUUAUGCUCUGCCCAGUACGAGAAGAUCUUCAACACCACGCGGAUUCCAGGUGUCCAAAGAGGUGAGACUCCUCCCAUCCCCACUGAUGGGGGGAGAACAAUAUCGUGGCUAAGAGCAUGCUUUCUGGAGUCCACCUGCCUGAGUUAGGGUCCAUCACUUCCUUGCUGUGUGACCCUCUGCAUGUUAUUACCCUCUCUGGGCCUCGGCUUUCACUAAAGCAGGAUAAUAAUAAUGGUACCUAGGGGUGGGC